ACUUGCUGACUUCAGGUCAGCCGGCUCCCGCCCUGCGCACGUGACUGAUGCGGGAUCAAUCUGACCCGGGAUCAGCCGGCGUAUUUCCCGCCAACGUGGCACACGAUGAUGAUGACAUUGCGUGGAAGGACGUGUUUUGGACUUUGUUCUCGCGCGUGGCUGUCUCGCUCAAGCCGGAAGUUGUCCAGACAACUGAAGACAAGAUGUUGAUGUGAUGCUGUGCGUGUUGACCUUUGACCUGCUCUUAUCACGUGUUUCCUGCUAUGUGGAACCCUUGGGUGAACUUUGACUCCUUGUGGUCGCUGAGAGUUUCGGUGAUUCUCCACCAGGCGGCGCCACUCCACGUCAACGACAGUUCAAGUGACUUUCUACGGGUCAACUUUUUGGUUGAGCAAUAAGAGUUGUUGCCUGGCAACCUGGGCUGUGUACUCGGCAUGGAGCGGAGAGGUGGCCCCCACAGGGACCCCCACGUCAGAACGGGGCGGGGUACUCCGGGACCAGGGCCGGAGCACCAGUACUGGACUCCGCACUAUGGCGGUCCUGUCCAGAACCUUGAGAACCGCUACAGCGCCCCCCUGGAUCAGCAGCAAGCCCCCAGCAGGCGAGGAUACGACUACCGGGCCUACGCUCCGUGGGACUACGGCGCCACCUACACGUACCAGGACUACUACAACGCAGACCACCACGCCUCCUGGUGGCCUCAGGACUCCUGGGGGGCACAGCCAAACUCCUGCAGAGAGCGAGAGGAGCGUGCGUCCAAAGACACCCCAGAGUCCCUAGAAGCUUCCGCAGCGUCAGGAUUGUCGUGCAGCAGCUACGAGCUGUGCCAGUACAUGCAGGUGGACUCAGGUGAGUGGCACGGGCACACGUGUCCCACUUGCCCGGCGGCUCCUCUCAAGUUCUCCAGCCCUCACGCCCUCGCCAGCUUUGGACCCGCCGGUCAGCUGGUGAGGGUGAUGCCCGGUCGCUGGGCACAAGACCACCAGAGCCACGUGGAGAUUCACAGUCUGGAGGUCAUCCUCAGCGAGACUCAGGAGCAGCAGGAGAUGAGGAACUUUCCAGGACCUUUAACUCGGGAGGGUUUGCACAAAACGGACGCCAUUGACUUUGCCCGCCAGAGGGCGCUAGCCUGCAGCAAAGAUGAGGACGGGCAGGACAGGAGCGGCGCUGCCCUCUUGUGGAACAUCCUGGUGUUGCUGUGCAGGCAGAACGGCCAAAUGGUCGGCUGUGAUGUGGCGGAGCUGCUGAUGGCGGGAUCACGCUCAGACGGAAGCGUCGCGCCCGCCGAUGUGGAGCUUAUAGACUUCAGCGAGGACAAUGUGGCCCAGGUGCCCCCGAGCCUGGGCGACGACCUCCUGACGGGAAGCUGGAGUGCGGCCGUGUCUAAGAAAAGUCUGCACGGCUACACUCGGCUGCUAUUGGCCGGGAGGAAGAAGGAGGCUCUGGAGUCGGCAAUGGGCGGCGGCCUGUGGGGACACGCCCUCUUUCUAGCCAGCAAAAUGGACGCCAGGUCCUACACGGCCGUGCUGGACAGGUUCACCGGGCAGGUGAGCGCCGCCGACCCGCUCCACACCCUCUUCCAGCUGCUGUCAGGCAGAAUCCCGGCCGUCGCCACGUGCUUUGGCGGUCUCAACCGGGCCAACUGGCGCCCUCACCUGGCCGUGAUGCUGUCCAACGAGACAGGAGACCCCACCCUGCGGCGGCGAGCUGUGGUCGCCAUGGGAGACACGCUAGCCUCCCGAGGCCUGCUGCACGCCGCCCACGUCUGCUACCUGACCAGCGGCGUUCCUUUCGGCGCCUUCGGCGAGACGACGGCCAGGAUGGUCCUGCUGGGCCGUAGCCACAAGGACACCUUUCGGCGCUUCGCCUCCGACGCCGCCAUCCACCGCACCGAAAUAUACGAGUACUGCCAGACGCUCGGCGCCAAACACUUUUCCAUUCCGUCCUUCCAGGUCUUCAAGUUUCUGUACGCAACUCGUCUUCUGGACUUUGGACUGGCCAGCCCGGCCUUCCACUACUGUGAGCUUGUGGGGCGGAGCCUCCUCACGCAGCCUGGAGGCUUCCGUGUUCUGACGGAGGAGCUCAUCAAGCUGGCCGAGCGCCUCACACACACAGAAGGUCCGGUCAGUGCGGAGCCAAGAUGGCUGACAGAACUACGGUCCAGACUCCAUCCUCUACUGAAGGAAGGUUCUGACAGGACCCAGGUCCAACAUCCUCCAGAAGGUUCUGACAGGACCCAGGUCCAACAUCCUCCGGAAGGUUCUGACAGGACCGAGGUCCAACAUCCUCCGGAAGGUUCUGACAGGACCCAGGUCCAACAUCCUCCGGGAGGUUCUGACAGGACCCAGGUCCAACAUCCUCCGGAAGGUUCUGACAGGACCGAGGUCCAACAUCCUCCGGAAGGUUCUGACAGGACCGAGGUCCAACAUCCUCAAGAUGAACAAAACGUCAGCGAGUUCUCAGAACCUGACACCGGCGCAGGAGCAGAACCUCCUGACGGCAGCAGAACCACGGCUGGACACGCUUUGGGACAAAAGUCCUGGAAUGUCGGAGGAGCUCAGGGAUGGACUCCAAGUCCUCACACCGACCCUGCAUCUGUCUGGGACCCGCAGAACUCACUUGGUGCUGGUGUGGCCCACAUCUCGCCUCGUGGAAGUGGGCCGUCCUUAUCAGCGCAGCCUCUGCCUUCUGGAGCCAUGCCGGUGUCAAAUGGUUCUCCGGCCAAUGAGCAGACCGAGCAGCUUGCUUCACAGAGCACAAAGUCUGGAUGGUUCCGUGGAUGGUUCAAGUCCAGAACCCCCGACCUUCAGGAGUGAUCGCAGGAAGUGACAUCAUCACUUGACAGCGCUCCUUGCAGCGAGAUUGCACUUGAUUAUGUUUCCCACAGCAGCGAUACACACACUUGAAGAAGGUAAUAAUACUUCAAAGUAUAUACACAAUAUGUACCAAAAUACAACAGCAGUCAAGUUGUCAGCUUGUGUAAAUGCUAAAUAAAAAGAGAGUACAACAAAUGCUUUUCAAAUUAUAUUCAAUUGAAUAGACUGCAAAGACAAGAUAUUUCAUCUUCACACUGACAAACUAAAUCAUCAUGAAGUUAAAAUGUAAUGGCAGCAACACAUGGCAAAAAAGGCAUUUUUACCAGUGUGUUACAUGGCCUUUCCUUUGAACAACACUCAGUGCAGGUUUGGGAACUGAGGAGACACAUUUUUGAAGUGGAAUUCUUUCCCAUUCUUGCUUGAUGUACAGCUUAAGUUGUUCAACAGUCUCCUGCCUCAUAUUUUAGCCUGCACACAUUUUCAAUGUCUGGACUACAGGCAGGCCAGUCUAGUACCCGCACUCUUUUACUAUGAAGCCACGCUGUUGUAACACCUGGCUUGGCAUUGUCUUGCUGAAAUAAGCAGGGGCGUCCAUGAUAACAACAUAUGUUGCUCCAAAACCUGUAUGUACCUUUCAGCAUUAAUGGUGCCUUCACAGAUGUGUAAGUUAGCCAUGCCUUGGCCACUAAUACACCCCCAUACCAUCACACAUGCUGCCUAGAACACUUUCACCCUACAACAAUCACUAAUACACCCACAUACCAUCACACAUGCUGCCUAGAACACUUUCACCCUACAACAAUCACUAAUACACCCCCAUACCAUCACACAUGCUGACUACCACACUUUCACCCUACAACAAUCACUAAUACACCCCCAUACCAUCACACAUGCUGCCUAGAACACUUUCACCCUACAACAAUCACUAAUACACCCCCAUACCAUCACACAUGCUGCCUAGAACACUUUCACCCUACAACAAUCACUAAUACACCCCCAUACCAUCACACAUGCUGACUACCACACUUUCACCCUACAACAAUCACUAAUACACCCCCAUACCAUCACACAUGCUGACUACCACACUUUCACCCUACAACAAUCACUAAUACACCCCCAUACCAUCACACAUGCUGCCUAGAACACUUUCACCCUACAACAAUCACUAAUACACCCCCAUACCAUCACACAUGCUGACUACCACACUUUCACCCUACAACAAUCACUAAUACACCCCCAUACCAUCACACAUGCUGACUACCACACUUUCACCCUACAACAAUCACUAAUACACCCCCAUACCAUCACACAUGCUGACUACAACACUUUCACCCUACAACAAUCACUAAUACACCCCCAUACCAUCACACAUGCUGACUACAACACUUUCACCCUACAACAAUCACUAAUACACCCCCAUACCAUCACACAUGCUGACUACCACACUUUCACCCUACAACAAUCACUAAUACACCCCCAUACCAUCACACAUGCUGCCUAGAACACUUUCACCCUACAACAAUCACUAAUACACCCCCAUACCAUCACACAUGCUGCCUAGAACAUUUUCACCCUACAACAAUCACUAAUACACCCCCAUACCAUCACACAUGCUGCCUAGAACACUUUCACCCUACAACAAUCACUAAUACACCCCCAUACCAUCAC